AUGCUAACGCAGGGCUUCAUCUUCGACGGGGGCACCAUCCUGGUGCAUGGGUUCUCGCGGGAGCUGCUGGAAGCUUAGAGGAUGGCGGCGACGCGCAGGAAGAUAUUCCGGCGGCACCGCGGGGUUGGUGUUGAGAGUCCUCUCUCUCUCUCUGAGCGUGUGCAACCGAGGGGAGGCCGGACACGACUGAAGUGAGGGUGGGGAAGGAGCAGGGGGAGGUGGGAAUCCCCGCAAAGCUUGUGAUCGACUCGGCGGUGGCGUACGCCAUCUUCGUCGGCGCCGACGGCGUGGUGGAGAGCAGCGGGAUCAUCUGCAUGAUGGGAACCUACCAGACCGCCCUCGUCGUCCACUCCAUGAACAAACGCGUCCAUGUCUCCGCCGAAUGCUACAAGGUCCUCUGCCCUCCCUUUCUCUCUCUACUUACUCUCUACUCUCUCUAUCUCUCUCGGAGUUACUGGUGGGUUUUGGGCCAGUUUGCGAGGCGAUACCCGCUGAACCGGAAGGACCUCGGCGGGGGCGGCGGGGUGGAGGUGGAGACGACGGCGAGGGACUCUACACGCCGCGGCAGUGUCUGA